AUGUGGUACAGUGCUACAAGUGGUCAUGUGAGGACAGAAAUUGCAACGAAUAAGACCGGCAAAAAACUUAAGAAAUUUAUCAUCAUUCUUGAUAAUGAUACAUUGUUAUAUUUGCCGGGAUCGUUUCUAUCGGGAAGCGUUUUGGUGGAACUAGAGAAUGAUACGCCAGUAAUUGGUUUAUUUUUUCACAUUAUGGGUGAAGGAGUUGUUCGCCUAUCAGAGAGCGGAAGUUCCAGUUAUAAUGACAAAGAAAACUAUAUCGAUUUCAAAAUGAGAAUGCUUGGAGAAGGCCCUCCAGUGGGAGGAGGUGGUCGAGUAAUGGUGCUUUCUCCUGGUGUUCACACAUUCCCCUUCAGACUUGGUCUUCCCUUGGGACUCCCUUCAACAUUUCUUGCCAAACACGGAUGGGUACAAUAUUACUGUAAAGCAGAGCUUAAAGAGGCCUGUGGGUUGACUCAUAAAAAUCAACAAGUGUUUAUUGUCAUGAACCCGAUAGAUUUAAAUUUAGAGCCUUCAUUACUUAUGCAACCUUUUCAUUGUGAGAUAGAAGAGAAAGUAGGAAUACCAUGCUUAACAUCCGGCACAAUUUUGUGCCGAAUCCGGCUAGACAGAGGAGGAUACGUUCCAGGUGAAAAUAUCUGCAUUUUUGCUGCGAUAGACAACAGCAGUAAAGUUACUAUUAAGAGAACUCGGGCCAUCUUGACGGAGACAGUACAAUAUACGGCAAAAAAUAAAUUAGUCCACACUGAAAGCAGAGAGCUGGCCUCGCUGCAAAAAGGACGUAUUGCUAGCGGUGCAGGUGACCAGUGGCAAAAUGCCCUUUUACACAUCCCUCCACUACCACCAACUAAUCUAAGGGGAUGUCACUUGAUAAGGAUACAGUACGAUGUUUAUUUUAUCAUCGAGCCGAAAGGCCUGGACCGUCCAAUCAAGUUGCAGCUGCCAAUAAUGAUAGCCACUUAUCCAGCAAGAAAUAAAGAUGGUACAUUGAAACGGAGGGGCCGUCUUCCAGCCUACCCAGCUCAUUUGCCAGUCUUCAGAAAUUAA